CCAUUCCCAAACCUUCACCUGAUGGAGGAGAAGGCUGCGAGGAAGAGGAAGAUGCCCCAGGAUACCCAGGCAGGAGCUGAGGAUGGAGACCAGGGAGGACAAAUCCCUGCACCAGAACCUCGAGGAAGAGGCUGUUUUUAGUGGUGCCAGAGUGCAGAAUUACAAUGGGGAGGAAAAGUUCCAGAGAUCCCACAAGAGGAGGGGCUGCAAACCCAGCCCAGGCUGCUCUGAGAAGGAAAGAACCGCAUUGAGCCAGGAAGGUGGACAGAGCUUCAGCCAGAGCUUGGAGCUGGUGGCUCAUGAGCAACUUCAUGAUGGGGAGAAGCCCUACAAGUGCUUGGAGUGUGGGAAGAGCUUCAGGCGGAGCUCCCACCUGAUCCGCCACCAGAUAAUCCACACAGGGGAAUGGCCCUACAAGUGUGGGGAGUGUGGGAAGGGCUUCAGCUGCAGCUCCGCCCUCAUCACCCACCAACGCAUCCACACUGGGGAGAGGCCCUACGAGUGUCCCCAGUGUGGGAAGAAGUUUCAGAGCAGCUCCAAUCUCCUCCUGCACCAGCGGAUUCACACAGAGGAGAGGCCCUUCCGCUGCCCUGAGUGUGGGAAGGGCUUCAAGCACAACUUUACCCUCAUCAGGCACCGGCACAUCCACACUGGGGAAAGCCCCUACGAGUGUCCCCAGUGUGGGAAGAGCUUCUCAGACCGCUCGUUCUUUACCCAACACCAACGGAGUCACCGGUAAGGGCAGCCCUGUGAGUGCCCCAACUGCAGGAGGAGCUUCAUGCACUGCUCCAGCUUCAUCCCCCAUGGGAGGACCCACGUUGGUCAGAAACCUUGCACUCUACAUUCUCUGUGAUG